AUGGAAACUCUAGAUCUCGAUCUUCGAGAGAUUAACGCUGACACGGAACCUGAAUAUGAACGUUUGAGUGUGACGGAAGUCGUGUCCCUUUGCAAAGUUAGAACCGGGAGAAAGUUUGAGCUAGACGAGCUCUGUAAAUUGUUUAUUGGAAAACCGGCAAGUAUUCUGUGUACACUCUUUAUCCUUAUUUACCUCUGGGACUGGUCGUCCGCCGCCAUUUCUGCUACUGCAUUCGCCACUAAUGUUCCUGUUGGCGAUCAUGGCACGUUUCUAUCUCGGUGCACUGAUCAAGACUUCCUCUUCCAUGUACAUCCUCUUGGCACUUGUUGGAAUACCUACACACUUUCUGUACUAGUUUUGGGUAUACUCUCUUUGGUUACAGCUCUCACUGAGCUUGGAGAAAUGAGUAUUCUUCAGACAGCGUUAGCGAUAUUUCGCUUUACAACUAUUGGAGCUAUGGUAGUGUACAGUAUGGUGACUGACAGUGAAAACAAAGAAGAUGGGAAUUCGAAGGAGGGAGCAGUUGCUUGGUAUCAGUUUUCUUUACUUGGCUUUUGGUUGCUAUUGCUGCCAUGGUUUACGCGCAAGUGACAGUGAUUGCAGUGCCAUCGAUCUCAGAUCCUGUUGAGAACAAGCAUGGGUUGGUUAGGAUGUGGACAGGAGUAUACGUCACGUCAUCGAUUUUGUACUGUGUCAUGGGCAUUACCCUUGCAAUUCGUUUCAAGUCUCAUAAAUGAAAUUGCAUCACUGAUCAUGAACUGGGUAAGUUGUGAAAAGACUAGGAAUUUAAUUAAUUAAUUAUUAUGGAAAUGUUAAUAACAGGCAGGCACAUAAUAGAUUGAGCUCAGCUGCAUGUAUUUAAUUUGAUGUGGGAUUGCUUUACCAAAAGACUUAAUGCAUAUCUAUGAUGAAGGUGCCUCUUUCUGACUCAAGUAGUACUUUUGUGAAAGUACUUUCAUAUUGGAUCGUGCUUUAUCCAUCACUGGAGCAGUCCAUUCAAUAUAGAAUGAUUUCCAUUAUUUUAGCAAAUACAGUGGAAUCUCGGCUGUUUGGUGGUGACAGGCAAUUUUCUAGACUUGACUAAUCUGUUCAUCGGUUUCUUUGGACAAUUAUUCGUCUCAUUCCACUAAUUUUUGUAAGUAAUUUGGUGACUGAGUACAAGUAUUUGAGUCUUCUCUUGUUCUUCUUGAUGUACUUCAUUCCGGGUUUGCUGCAGUAUCGUUCAAGAAAGAGAUGGAUGGCUGAGAUUAAGACAUUUGCUGCAACUGCAGCUGAAAAUCUUCAACAAGAAGAUGCAGCUGAGUCUACUGCUUUGAUUGGUUCUAAGGUGAUCACUAUAAAUGAUACUUUCUACAGUGGAUGGUCUAGUCGACCAGUAGUUGUUGUAGAGGUGCAGUUGAUUGGCCUUCUUGCUUUAGGUUUGACUGUGACCGGUCUUGUACUGCAUAACAGCUUUCAAUGAUUGUUAGAUGCUUACUGUUAUUAGUUAGUAUGGUGUUAGCACUAAUUAGAUUUAUUGAUAGAAAUAAUGAAAUAUAUUUUCACAUAUA